AUGAGUGCCACCAAAGAGCGAACUUUCACAGGCUCCGAAAAGUCCAAAAGUGUCCGCUCCACCAAUAUAACAGCCGCCAAAGCCGUUGCAGACGCUAUCAGGACUUCUCUCGGCCCUCGUGGUAUGGACAAGAUGAUCAAGGACUCCAAAGGUGAGGUCACAAUUACAAAUGACGGUGCGACAAUCCUCAAACAAAUGGAAGUCGUCCACCCCACAGCCAAGAUGCUUGUGGAGCUUUCCAAAGCCCAAGACAUUGAAGCUGGCGACGGCACUACAUCAGUCGUGGUAUUAGCUGGAUCUCUUCUCAGUACCUGUAAUGGGCUGCUUGAUAAAGGAAUCCAUCCAAGCUUAAUUUCAGAUAGUUUUAAGCUUGCAGUCAAUAAAGCUUCUGAAGUCCUUGAAGAAAUGUCCAAUAAGCUUGACCUAAAUGAUGAAGAAGCGCUGAUAAAAAUCGCCUCUACAAGUUUAGCAAGCAAAAUUGUGUCCCAGCAUUCACAAGAACUAGCCCCAAUUGCAGUAAGGGCUGUCAUGAACAUUGUAAAGCCAGAUGACGAUAAUGUGGAUUUGAGGAAUAUUAAGGUCAGCAAAAAAUUAGGAGGGACUGUAGAUGAUACUGAAUUGGUCAAUGGCUUGGUUUUUGCAACAAAUCAUGCAGCACAUGCAGCAGGUGGCCCUACUAGAGUAGCCAACCCAAAAAUUGGAUUAAUUCAGUUCUGUCUUUCUUCGCCUAAGACUGAUAUGGAAAACAGCGUCGUCGUGCACGAUUACCAAGCUAUGGACAGAAUUUUAAGAGAGGAAAGAAAAUAUAUUGUAGGACUGUGCCAAAAAAUUGUGCAGACUGGCUGCAAUGUACUUUUGAUACAAAAAUCUGUCCUGAGAGACGCGACGAAUGAUUUAAGCUUGUUUUAUUUAGCGAAAAACAAAAUUAUGGUCAUUAAAGAUAUUGAAAGAGACGAUGUAGAUUUUAUUUCGAGGACUUUAGGACUGACCCCUGCAGCUCAUGUGGAUCAAUUUACCUCAGAUAAAUUAGGAACAGCUGAGCUAUGUGAAGAAGAAACUGUUGGAGAAGGCAAAAUCGUCAGAAUUACAGGUGUCCAAAAUGACCAUCCUAGUGGCAAAACUUCUUCUAUUUUAAUCAGAGGGUCUAACCAGCUAAUUAUUGACGAAGCUGACAGAUCUUUACAUGACGCCCUUUGUGUUAUUAGAAGCCUUGUCAAAAAAAGAGCUCUGCUACCUGGUGGAGGGGCGCCUGAAACUGAAAUUUCUAUUAGAUUAAUGGAAUAUUCAAGGCAGCUGAUUGGGGCUGAAGCCAUCUGUGUUAGGGCAUUUGCUGAGGCUUUUGAGAUCAUUCCUUAUACUUUGGCUGAAAAUGCAGGACUUAACCCAAUUUCACUUGUGACGGAGCUGAGGAACAGACAUAUAGAGGGGGAUAAAAAUGCUGGGAUUAAUGUAAGGAGAGGAGGAAUUACAAAUAUGCUGGAUGAAAAUGUUAUUCAGCCAUUAUUGGUCACACUGAGUGCAGUGAGAUUAGCUACUGAGUGUGUCAGGAUGAUUUUAAAGAUUGAUGAAGUCGUUAUGGUUAGAUAA